UGUUCUAUACAUUUAAUUCAGGGAUGUCAGAGAUCUGCUCCAGUUCAGAUGAUCCAGUGAUCAGGAUUCUUCUGAUGGGCAGAUAUGGUUCUGGGACAAGCUCAUCUGGAAACACUAUUCUGGGAGAAAAGAGGUUUAAAGUAAAGAAGCAUGAGUCUGAAGUUUGUGAGGGUAAAACUCAGAUCGGAGACAAGCAGGUGCAUGUGUUUAUUUCUCCAGAUCCACUGGAUCCAGAUCUGUCCGAAGAGAAGCUGGAGGAACUGAAAGAAGAGCUGAUCAAACUAUGUUCCUCAGGUCUCAGUGCAGUUCUUAUCACCGUUCCUCUAGAGCAACCUGUGCAAAAUGAGGAAGAGAUCCUCGAUUUCAUUAAAGGUUUAUUCGGUCCUGAAGUUCACAAGUACAUGAUGGUCCUUUUCACACGUGGAGAUGAACUGGAAGAUCUGGAUGAACCACAGACCAUUGAGGAAUAUCUUCGAAGUAAAGAUCAUGCAGAUCUCCAGCAACUGGUGACUGAAUGUGGAGGAAGGUUUCACUGUUUCAACAACAAGAGUAAAUCAGAGAGUCAGAUACAAGAACUACUGCUGAAGAUUGAACGAAUAAUGAUGAAGAACAAAGGGAAAUUUACCAUGGGGCAAAUGAAAAGGAGAGACAGCAAAAGCGGUUACCCUGUCAAUUUUUCAGGAAAGUCUGCAGCUGAAGAUCCAGAUGGGAUUGAUGUGUUUUCUGAAAGGAAAGACCAGAUCAGGCUAGUUCUGCUGGGAAAAACUGGAUGUGGGAAAAGUGCCACUGGAAACACCAUCAUCGGCAGAAACGUGUUCAAAUCUACAGCCGGUUCAAUCUCUCAGACAAAACAGAGUAAUUUGGAAACUACUGUGAGGUUUGGUAAAAAGAUCUCUGUGAUCGACACACCUGGACUUUAUGAUACUGAACUCAGUAAAGAGCAGAUCAAAACAGAAAUAGUUAAAUGUGUAACAUACGCUUCUCCAGGACCACAUGCUUUUCUUAUCGUCAUUAGAGUGGGUCGAUUUACUGAGGAGGAGAAAAACACAGUGCAACAUCUCAAAGAAGUGUUUGGAGAACAUAUACUAAAAUACACCAUGAUCCUCUUUACUUACAAAGAUCAAUUAGAGAAGCAAAAGAAAACCAUAGAGCAGUAUCUAGAGGAAGGUGAUCCAGAUCUCAGAAAACUCAUUGACAGUUGUGGAAAUCGAUUCUUCUGUCUGGACAAUGAGACAGCCAGUUCCCCACAGAUCAAAGAUCUGAUCUGUAAAAUAGAGAAGAUAAUGGAAGAAAAUGAAGGGGGACACUUUACAAGUGACAUGUUUGAUGAAACUGAGAAAUGCAUUCAGAAGAUUCAGAAACAGAAACUAGAUGAGAAACUGAAGCAGCACAAACAGCAGCACAAACGCCUCUCUAAAACAGAAUGGAAGAAACUUUACUGGGAUUUAGUCGACCAGUCACGGCGCGAAGCUGAGGAAUCUUUUUAUGAAAGAAAUCUGCGACUCUUGGAGAAGACCAGUGAAGAGGGAGCCAGUGCCACAAAGGAAUCUGAGCACAAAGCAACCGGUCGUUUUAGGGCAGUUAUACUUGCAUUCACAGAGAGGAUGUGUGUGAUUCAGUGAAAAACCAUAAUGAUCAGACACACAAUAUGCUAGGGCAUCAAUACAUCUCAAGUGGUUCAGUGGAGGUUAUUUAACCAUUAUACAUUUUCUUAAUAUUUUAAUUUUCUUUAAUCAUUUUUUUAGCUCUUAUCUCUGGUAUUGCAAAACCAUUUUGUUUCCACCUGAUUUAUCCAUAGCAGUCAUCUUUGUGUCAGUUUUUCAGCUUUAUUUAUAUAGCGCUUUAUACAGUUCGGAUUGUUUCAAAGCAGCUUCACAGCAUUUAAAGUUUGUAUGAUUGUAUUGAAAUUCUACAAAUCUACAAAUUCUAUCAGGUGAUAGAAAUGGAGAAAAUAUGUGGACUACUUGUGAUGGAAUGUCUUCUGAGAUAACUCUUUUAUGAUGGAGACUGAUUAAUACUGAUUUUCAUUAAGUGUGCUUGAAGUCAGUUUAUAACAGCUUCAAUCUGAACUGAAUUUGAACUGAGACUGGACCACAGGCUUUUUCUUGAUCAACAUUAAAGUGGGUCGAUUCACUGAGGAGGAGGAAAAUACAGCUUAAAGAAGUGUUUAGAGACCAUGAUUGCUCUUGACAUUCAAAGAUCAGCUAAAUGAGGAAUAUAAAACUGCUUCUACCGAAUAGUGAUCAAGAUCUUCAAUCCUCAAUACAAAACGGCACCCUGGGACAUGAUGUUACUUCAGAAAGAACAAAGAGAUAAUUAAACUAAUGUGAUAUUGUUAAAUUAUCUGAAAACGAGACAAAAAGUAAUCAAAAUGCCACCAAAGAAAAUCAAUGCAGUUGAGGAAGAGUUGGAGGAGAUACGAAAAUCUUUAAACUUCAAGUCAGAUGAGUUGAGCACAGUUGCUAAACAACAAGCUAUGCUAAUUGAUCUGAUGGUGAUGAAGCUUGUAAACGAGAAGAAUAAGAAAAUUGAAUGAUUGGAGAGAAGGAUCGAUGAUCUGGAACAAUAUACAAAAAUGGAGUAUUUACUUCUAAAUGGAUAGUACUGUGGCCAGAGACAAAUUUGGUGAAGAUGCCCUGCCAGAGGAACUUCAAGCACUGGAAAAACAAGUCAUAAAGUUCUUUGAAAGUAAGAAUAUGAAUAUUCAGAGUGUAACUCAAAACCGAGUUACUGAGGCAAGCUUAGAAGUUGAAGGGUACAGGGGUGUAUCUGAAUGAACAUCUUACCAUGAAGAAUGCCGAUAUUUCUAGACGCGCACGCAUUCUGAGGAAACAGAACAAGAUACAAGUUACAUGGACACGGAAUAGCAAAGUGAUGAUACCUGAAGAAUCCAAAGUACUCACAAUAAGAGAACUCAAAGAAUUGGACCAGUACGAUAAGUGAGGACUACUGUAUGUGGAUGAAUAUCCAUGAUAAACAACAACUGUAGGUUGUGUUACAAGUGAGGACUAUGUGGAGGAAUAUCAUAUGGACUCAUGCAUCACAAAAUAAAUGAUUGGUUCCCAUACAGAGAUUGACUGUGGGGAAUUUGUUACGGACUGUGUGCCUGACCGCUACAAAUUCAAUACUGCGAGUAUGAAAAUUUGAAUUUUACAUUUUUUUAAUCUCACAGAGUAUAAAAUGUAUGAUAUUAAAAAUGAUAUUGACCUGGAAAACCAUUCUUUAAAUAAUGUAAAUAAGAAUUGUUGUGAGUAUUACACAGAAGAACAAUUUAAUAGAAAUGUGGAUAUGGAAGGGGCAUUAUCAAUAAUACAUUUUAAUAGUAUACUAAGUCUUUAUAGAAACUGUACAAAUUAAGGAUUACCUGUGCCAGUUUAA